CGUUUGAAUUUUUGUGUUUUACGUAAAACCAAAAGAGAAAAACACAACUUACAGAACAGGUUUUCACUAACAAUUAUAAACUGUUUAUUAUUCUAAGUUUGUAGUGUGUCGUUACAAUCAUUCCAGUGUUUUAUAAAUACGUUAAAAGUACAUAUAUUGAGGUCGUUGUUAUCUUUUUAUCAAUAGACAAACUUAGUUGAUUGAACAAUUUUAUUGUUGACAGUUUUCAGUGUUAUUUAGUCUCCGUUUUAGAAAGACGUGUUCUUUAAAUUUUUAUAAUGAAAUUCGCGGAGCACUUGAGUGCUCAUAUUACGCCCGAGUGGCGUAAACAGUAUAUUAAUUAUGAAGAAAUGAAAGCAAUGUUAUACACAGCGGUCGAGGAGGCUCCUUCAGCUGAAAAUGUGGAACCAGAGGUGUUGUCUAGACACUUUGCAAACUUUGAUGAGACAUUCUUCCAUUAUUGUGAUCAGGAAUUAAAGAAAAUUAACACAUUUUACUCGGAAAAAUUAGCCGAAGCAACACGCAAAUUCGCGACACUCCAAAGUGAAUUGAAAACAAAUUUCGACACAAUUAAAACUAAAGGGGGAGGCGAUAAAAAAUCUGCGGUGCCUCGUCGAAAGGUCCAAGAACUGAAACUUGCAUUCAGCGAAUUCUAUUUAAGUUUAAUACUACUACAGAACUAUCAGAAUUUAAACUAUACAGGCUUCAGGAAAAUAUUGAAGAAACACGAUAAGUUAUUAAAUGUAAGCAAUGGAGCGCAAUGGCGCGCGGAACACGUUGAAACCUCCCAAUUCUACACGAACAAAGACAUAGAUAGACUAAUUAGUGAUACGGAGGCGACAGUCACAAAUGAACUGGAAGGAGGCGAUAGACAAAAGGCGAUGAAGAAACUAAGAGUGCCACCUCUCGGGGAGCAGCAGAGUCCGUGGACCACAUUCAAAGUUGGAUUGUUUUCAGGGUCAUUUAUAGUAUUAAUCAUCUCAGUUGUUUUGUCAGCUCUAUUUCACGAAGGUGGAUCGAGCGAUAUCAAAACAGCCAUUCGAUUAUACAGAGGUCCGUUCCUCUUGGUCGAGUUCAUAUUUUUGAUAGGCAUUAACGUAUACGGAUGGCGGUCGUCAGGAGUGAACCACGUGCUAAUAUUCGAACUAGACCCAAGGAAUCACUUGUCCGAGCAGCAUUUAAUGGAAUUAGCGGCAAUUUUCGGUGUCGUAUGGGCGCUUAGUAUAUUAAGUUUUAUAUACAGCGCGAGCCUUAGCAUACCGCCUUUUGUGAAUCCCCUAGCGCUGGUUGUGAUAAUGCUUGCCUUCUUGAUGAACCCCUUCAAGGUUUUCCGGCACGAGGCCAGAUUCUGGUUUUUGAGGAUAUGUGGUCGGAUCCUCGCAGCGCCAUUCCUGCCCGUGCUAUUCGCCGAUUUCUGGCUGGCCGACCAAUGGAAUUCAUUCACGGCCGCCUUCGUAGACUUUCACUAUCUGAUCUCCUUCUACGUGGCGGGCGGUGAUUGGUUCAAAGUUAAUAACGAGUUCGAAGCGGCCCAAUGGUUCGUGCUGAGCCGCGCGGUCGUGAGCGUGGUCCCGGCCUGGACGCGGUUCUGGCAGUGUCUGCGCCGGUACCGGGACAGCCGGGAGGCCUUCCCGCAUCUCGUCAACGCCGGGAAGUACUCGACCACGUUCUUCGUGGUUCUAUUCGCUACGUUGAAGACUUUGAACAAUCAUAAAUAUCCAGAUUCGUCUUUCGACAAUCCGUUUCUGUACGCGUGGUUCGCGUGUCAGCUCGUGUCGUCCGUGUACACGUACACGUGGGACGUGAAAAUGGACUGGGGUCUGUUCAGCUGUGGGCCCAGCGCUGAGAAUAAGUUCCUCAGGGAGGAGAUCGUCUACAGUCCGGGGUCUUACUACUUUGCGAUAGUAGAGGAUUUCGUGUUACGUUUCAUAUGGACUGUUUCGUUCGUUCUCACGGAGAAUAAAUAUGUCGGCUCCGAAACUAUGACCUCUAUAUUGGCUCCCCUGGAAGUGUUCAGACGUUUCAUCUGGAAUUUCUUCCGUCUCGAGAACGAGCACCUGAACAACUGCGGCAAGUUCCGCGCCGUCCGGGACAUCUCCGUGGCGCCCCUGGACUCCUCCGACCAGGCCGACAUCAUCCGGAUGAUGGACCAUCCCGAUGGAGUUAUAAACAGAUUAACGAAGAAGAAAAAUGCAAAAAAGACAAAGGAAAUCGACCGUCGGCCGCUGCUGAAGAAGGAAUCGAUACAAGAUCUUCAAUUAGAACUCGACUUGUCCUCCAAAAUGAUGUAACCAACUGUGAUAUGCUUAUUACUUAUAUUUGUAGGAAUUUACAUAGUAUUAUUCG